UUACAGUCGGAUAGCUCGUGGCGAGGCGGCGGUGGUGGCAGUUUGCGCUCAUCCGAUGGUGGGGCAUCGUACAGCGGAGGCCUCGAUGAUGUUGGCCUGGAUGAGCGCACAAAAAUUGAGCGUAAAAUCGAACAGAUCAAGGAGCGCCUAUCGCGGAUUUCGCUUGCUCGUGAAGCGGAUGUGGACGAUUUUUUGUCGAUGACAAGCAGCAUGGAGGGCGGAAGUGAAAAUCCGCAACUGGCUCGGGUCCGGCAACAUUUCGAGAAGAAAAAUAAGAAAAGCGCGCAAGAAGCCGAUCAUUUACAGGUUAUGCUUCAUGUUUUCUCAUUUUUUCUUGAUAAGUCGGAUAGCUCGUGGCGAGGCGGCGGUGGUGGCAGUUUGCGUUCAUCCGAUGGUGGGGCAUCGUACAGCGGAGGCCUCGAUGAUGUUGGCCUGGAUGAACGCACAAAAAUUGAGCGUAAAAUCGAACAGAUCAAGGAGCGCCUGUCGCGGAUUUCGCUUGCUCUUUAUGCUCAGAAAAAAUUGGAGCAGCUUCAGUCGAAAUUACUGGAAUUGGAUUUGGGUAUCAUUGUGGAACCAUCACCAAAAAGUGCUGUGCUCAAUAAUAUUAGGAAAACGGGGCCACUGAUACGUGAGGUGAUGUCGGCCCCACGUGGCAUUGCUCAUAUGAUCAAAAAUACUUUCGGGUCAGUUGAUAAUAUACCGGGCAAUGUUUCAAGUGAUGCUGCCAAUAUUGGACAUUCCACGUUCUAUUCGGAUGCCUCAAAUAAUGAUAGCACAAAACGCCUAAAAAAUGUAGCUCAUUUUAGGAUGUCAGAUUUGGAAGAUCGUGAUGCGACAUCGUCGCCCACCAAGCGUGGUCACAAGCGCACCGAAACGCUUCCCGCAAUGGCAUUUGAUCUCGAUGCGCUACUGGCUUCACCGUUUCCGCAGAGCGAAGCGCUGCAGCGUCGCGAACCACAAGUCAAAUUUUCCAGCGUGGAUAAUGUGGCCGAACUGCGCAACGAUCUGCAGAUGCUGAAAGCGCAAAAUCAGGCACUGGUGGAACAGCUUAAUAAAUUGCAAGUAAGCUUUGCUAGUGAAGUAAGUUUUCAGCAAUUGUAUCUGUACUACGGCCGCCUUACACUUAUCUCUUUUCUAGUUGAAUCGACUCAGAAUAAAUCGGAAUUCAAAUAUUUCAACAAUGCUUUGCACGAGGAAAGGAUCAAAGCACAGGUACGUUGA